AUGGUACAGCGCGAGAGAAAAGCGGCGGAUAGUAAGGGUAUCGAACCGGAUUACUUCAGAAACGGUAUCUUCGAUGAGUUAACUGGUUACUACCAAGCCGGGCAUGAAACUAGCGCGACAACUAUAACCUGGACUCUGAAAUUUCUUGCUCAGAAUCAAGAUGCGCAAGACAAAUUGCGCAGCAAUCUGCGUCAAUACCAUGCGGAAGCCUACCAGGCAGGUCGACAACCAACGAAGGAAGAGAUUGCAGGUGCCGACAUUCCAUACCUCCACGCGAUUGUUGAGGAAACACUUCGAAUGCGACCGCCUUUUCCUGCUCUCAUACGCUCUACUCUAGUUGAUACUGAGAUGAUGGGGUACAGAAUUCCGAAAGGGACUACCAUUCUCAUGCCCUCUAGUGGACCUGGACUGGAUGAGCCGGCCAUACCUGUUCCGGAGGAUCUACGAACCAAGUCUAAUAUCACUAAAAGACGUCCUGACUGGUCGCCAGAAGACGUACAUCUGUACAACCCAGAUAGAUGGUUGAAAUUGGACGAGGAAUUUGGGAGGCUAAAAUUUGAUCCUUCAGCUGGGCCUAUGCAGUCCUUUGGAUUUGGGCCCAGGCAAUGUUUCGGGAAGAGGCUGGCAUACAUACAGCUGCGAACGCUUGUCACACUACUCUUCUGGAAUUUCAAGUUUGUAGAGCUUGAUGGAGAAAUCGCGUCACUUCAAGGUCAUGAGUCGACUACACUUAUUCCAAACUACUGCUACGUAAAACUAGAAGAGGUGACAGCGUAG